UAUCCCGCAUAAUGGUUGCGUCAACAAUGGCUGUUAUUACCAGACCUCACUUAGCCUGGGGCCGGGGCAAACGGGAGCCAGAAACACCGAGAAAGCCGAAGAUGAGGUUCCGCAAAGAUCUGUGGGAACGACCCCGGAGAAGGAGGUCCAAGAUGGCGGAAGCGGCGCAGUCUCCAGGAGACCCGGGGACAUCGCCCAAGCCCCUGUUUGCAGGCCUUUCUGAGAUAGCCAUCUCACGUGACAUCCCUAUAGAAGGUGAAAUCACCAUUCCUGUGAGAUCUCGGAUUCGGGAAUUUGACAACUCUACAUUGAAUGAAUCUGUUCGGAACACCAUCAUGCGUGAUCUAAAAUCAGUUGGGAAAAAGUUUAUGCAUGUUUUAUAUCCCAGGAAAAGCAGUACCCUAUUGAGAGACUGGGACUUGUGGGGCCCUUUGAUCCUUUGUGUGGCACUUGCGUUAAUGCUGCAGAGAGGUUCUGCUGAUAAUGAAAAAGAUGGAGGACCUCAGUUUGCCGAAGUUUUUGUCAUCGUCUGGUUUGGUGCAGUAACCAUCACACUCAACUCAAAACUCCUUGGAGGAAACAUAUCUUUUUUCCAAAGUCUCUGUGUGUUGGGCUACUGCAUACUUCCAUUGACAGUAGCAAUGCUGAUUUGCCGAUUGGUACUUUUGGCUGAACAGGGCCCCAUAAACUUCAUGGUUCGUCUUUUUGUGGUCAUCGUGAUGUUUGCCUGGUCUGUAAUUGCUUCUACUGCAUUUCUUGCUGACAGCCAGCCACCCAACCGGAGAGCCCUUGCUGUUUAUCCCGUUUUCCUCUUCUAUUUCGUCAUCAGUUGGAUGAUUCUCACCUUCACUCCAUAGUAACUCAGUAAAUAAGUGAACUGAAAACGCAUCUGAAAGAUGCAGUUCACCAUGGAACUUUGCCUCUGGCCCUCUUUUCUCUAAUUUUGGAGGUAUUGGGUAACUGGGUAGGAGAGGAGAUUAAAAGGGAGCCAUGUAGCACUGUCACCACUUAUAUAAGGAACUGAUGUUUGAAAGGCUGUCCUUUCCCUCUUAGUACUAUUUCUUUGAAAUAUAUGUGCAUACUACACAUAGUAUAAUGCCUCCAUAGGACAUGAUGGAGUCAUUGUGGUCCAUUUGGGUGACAACCAAUGACUCAGGAAGCACAUGGACACAUCCUACGAGUUGAAUGGAGUUGGUAACUAUUUUCAGUUUUGAGAAUACCAGUUCAGGUGCAGCUCUUAAACAUAUUGCCUUAUGACUAUUAGAAUAUGCCUCUCUUUUCAUAAAUAAGAAUGGAUGACCUAUAUCCAUUUUCUUUUAUUUUUCUCUCUGAAGCUUAAAAAGGCAAUGACAAAGGUUCAGAUGGGCAGGGUUAUAGAUGUGAAAGGAGAAAAUGUGCAUUAACCAAGAUUCAGAUCUUGAUUAGAAGAAGUCUUACACUUGUUGCUUUAAAAAAGAACAACAACAAAUAUCAAGCAUCAGCCUCUGGUCUUUUUGUAUAGUCACAUUUCUGCCAUGCUUAACAGCACCUCGGUAGGCACUCUAGUGUUCAGUCUUGCUUCCUCACUCACAAUGUGCAUUGUGAGAUGUCGGCAGUCAACAUGGCAUUUUCCCUGGACCAAAGUUCUCAGUGGCCCAUUGCUUGAGCAUACUCAAGUAGAGAUCUCUGAUGCUUUUUAUCAUGUGGGCAACUUCUCUUGAGGGUGGACUGAGGCAGUUCGGAUGCAUCAUAGCUAUAAGAAAUUCUUCAUUAUUUUGUAUAGUUUGGCCUCUAACUGGAAAGUAAAGAUUAAUCAGAAGGCUGCACUGAACCAUGUGAACACAGAGGGAUUCAGAAUUCCAGUGGCUGAUGAACAGAACAGCUGGAUGUUGAAAGCGUGGUGCAGGAUAUGUUGGGUUUACAGCUGCUGCCUUUUCCUAGUAGGCUUCACAGUUUUCUCAUUAUAUGUGUUUUUCAGGUUGGGAAAUAGCAAUUUAUUUUCUUAGUUUUUGACUUUAUUUGUAAAGCUAAUGACCCCUCCCCUUUAGACAAGUACCUUUUUUGCACAUAUGCACCUACUUGUACUCUCAGCGAUUUAUGCACACAAGUGUGAAGGCUGUUCAGGGAGCAGUGUGUCUGGGGCAAGCUGAUUCUGAGCUAAGCAAGGCUCCUUUAAGGUAAUACGAGCUGUUGCCGUCUAUAAAUUGCACAUUGAAGAACUCUAGUAGACAAAGAUUAGGAGUCAGACAGAAAACAUUCAUUGUAAAUGUACAGUUACUUAUAAAGCUAGGAGUUUCUUAGUCUACAUUUUUUUCUUUAUCGUAGAAUUUAAAUAUUUAUUUUGUAUUUAAGGACUACCUACACCUGGACACAUGAUUCUAAUACCUAUUUCUCCAUCGCCAGAUUACCCACAUGCACAACACCAAGCCAAAUGGGUUCUUGAAAUGGUACUCAGUUACCAAGCACUGCAAAGUUGGUCCCCUCUAUCCCUGCCUUAUCCUGAGUUAUUGGUUAUAUAUUUGUAUUUAUUACAAUUUACCUUUUAAAUUAUAAAAUGAGCCAAUUGUGAGGACAAACUCAAUGUUUCAGUCUUGAAUUGGCAAAGAAAAUAUUUAGAAGCUCAUCUUGAUUUUGCAAUCGAGCCUCAAUUGUCAUCCGUUUUCAUUGUCAGCAAUUUUUGAACUUCGCACUCAAAAUGUUUCUCUCCCAAAGUUGUUAUGUAAUCUGUCCCAGUGUUUAUAAUUAAAAAUUAAAGAAGUAACCGUGCUUCUCAAA